GACGUGGUAGGCAUUGUGUCAAAGGUAUCGGAAUGUAUCGCCUUUCGCGGCGCCAACAUUCACAGCGUGGAUGUCUUUGUCCCAGAGAACAAACAGGUCUUCUACUCAAGGAGAGUUGACAAUAUUGGUAUGGAAGGGUGAUGGUAACGAAGUCAUGAGCGUAUCAAUGACAUGAAGGACGAGACAAGGGGUGACGAGUUUUGUCAUUGAGGUUAGGUGGCAAUGAUGACAAGUGAAGCAAGGUGCGAUGGUGAAGCUAGGCAUGAGAUAAGGCACAACGGCAAAUUGCAAGGGUUUCUGAUGGCCAAAGCGAGGCAAGGCGUGAUGCUAUUUAGCAGCACAAGGCUAGGUGAGGUGCAACAGGAUUUAGCAAAGACAAGAUGCAUAAGAUUUGAAAUUUGGCUAAAUCAAGUGAGUUCAGAAUGCAAGGACAAUAAAUGAUAAGUGAAUUUGUAUUUGAUCCUGCAAGCUGGCCUCGGGAUGUGAUGGAUAAUGACUUUAUGAACAUAGGGAAACUCUUCCAGGCAGAAAGAUCUGUUGUUCGGGUUCCUGAUGCAGAUCCAAAAUUUAAGAUUUCAAUUCUUGCUUCAAAGCAGGACCACUGUCUUGUGGAUGUUCUGCAUGGUUGGCAGGAUGGUAGGCUUCCUGUGGAUAUAAACUGUGUAAUAAGCAAUCAUGAUAGAUCUCCAAAUACCCAUGUUGUACGCUUUCUUGAGAGGAAUGGAAUUCCAUAUUAUUUCAUGCCAACCAGUUCUGUAGAUAAAAGAGAAAAGGAGAUCUUGAAUCUAGUUAAAGGUUCUGAUUUUCUUGUCCUUGCUAGAUAUAUGCAGGUAUUAUCAGCUAAUUUUUUGGAGGGCUAUGGUAAAGAUAUAAUUAACAUACAUCAUGGGCUUCUUCCGUCAUUUAAGGGUAGCAAUCCUGCCAAGCAGGCAUAUGAUGCUGGAGUGAAACUGAUUGGUGCGACAACUCACUUUGUAACUCCAGAACUGGAUGCAGGUCCUAUUAUUGAGCAGAUGGUGGAGAGAGUUUCCCAUAGAGAUACGUUAGAGAGCUUUGUGGCAAAAUCAGAAAACCUGGAGAAGCAAUGUCUGCGGAAGGCAAUCAAAUCAUACUGUGAACUCCGCGUGCUGCCGUAUGAGGGGAAGAAGACUGUUGUCUUCUAGGGGAGGACUAACUUAGCCGUUACCAUAUGCCAACAUUGCAUAUAUUUCUAUCUUCUUAUGUGAUCAUAGAUAAAUAAUCUUAUUCUUUGUAAGCCCACUUAGGGUUUGAAGUUAAGAGUGGUUAAGCUAAGUUUAAUCAUAUGCUUAUUCUA